AUGAUAAUUUCGAUUAGAGAGAUUUAUCAGCAACCUGAAAAAUUAAGUCAAUUAGCCCAAAUUAAAGUUGGUGGUUGGGCUAAAUCAGUUAGAGAAAGUAAAGAUAUUAUUUUUAUUAUUCUUAAUGAUGGAACUACUUUAACUAAUUUACAAGUAGUCAUUUCCAAAAAAUUUUUCUCCCAAUUAGAUUUAUUAGAAAAAGUUAAUUUUGGUAGCAGUUUACUAGUAAAUGGAAAAUUGCUUCUUACUCCCCAACGUAAACAACCCUGCGAAUUACAGGUCACUGAAAUCGAACUUAUUAAUCCGGUUGCCGAUGAUUAUCCUCUCCAAAAAAAAAAUAUUCCUUUGGAAGUGGUACGAAACACUCCCCACUUGCGAGCCAAAACUAACUAUUUUUUAGCGCUUUUCCGUCUACGCCAUAGCAUUAGCAAAGCCCUUCAUGAUUUCUUUCACCAGGAAGGCUUUUAUUACGUUCCUACUCCCAUUAUCACUAGCAAUGACGCCGAAGGGGCUGGUGAAAUUUUUAACCUUACUACCAAUGAAAAAGAGCCUUUUUUCUCUAUUCCGGCCAAAUUAACUGUCAGCGGACAAUUACAAGCAGAAGCCUUAGUCCAAGGCUUAGGGAAAAUUUAUACUUUUGGUCCUUGUUUUCGAGCGGAAAAAUCCCAUACCACUCGCCAUUUAGCCGAAUUUUGGAUGGUCGAGCCAGAAAUGAUUUUUACUGAUUUAGACGGAAUAAUUAGUUUAGCCGAAAGGUUAAUCAAACACGUAAUAGGUUAUGUUCUUAGUAAUAACAGUUCCGAAUUAAAAUUUUUAGAAAUCUAUGACGAGCAAAAGAAAAAGGAAAUAAUCACCAAAUUAAAAAAAAUUGCCGGUGAAGAAUUUGAAAAAAUUGACUAUAGUGAGGUUAUUGAAUUGCUUGAAAAAAACAAAGAAAAUUUUGUUUUUAAAGUCGGAGAGUUAAUUGGCGGGAGCAUGCGUGAUGAUAGAUACCUAACUUUACAAGCGAGAGCCAGAAAAGUUGGUUUAGAUAUAAAAAAUUUAAGUUGGUAUUUUGACUUGAGAAAAUGUGGUUAUGCCCCUAGUGGCGGAUUUGGUUUGGGGUUAGAAAGAUUGAUAAUGUUUAUCAGCGGUACCGAAAACAUUCGGGACACGAUUGCCUUUCCGAGAUUUCCAGGAAAAUUAGAGUUUUAA